UUCCUUGCGUUCUGUCGCUUCGCCUAGCUAUGGGGGGAGUCGGGGGGGAUGCCAACAAAGGAGCACGGGGCAUGGCAGGCGGCGCACGUGCAGGUCUGGAGACGCGCGCUGGCGCGGCAGCCUACGCAGGUGCGCAGCAGUGGUGCACCCGAAACAAUUGCAUUCGAACAUAUGCCGAACGCGAUACCCGAAUUAUUUGGCACCGCCUUCACGCGGAUCGUGCCCUACGAAAAAAUCAGGAAUUCAGCGCACCCGUGCACGAGUGCUCCACUGCAAGAUCGGCGAGACGUGGCUGGCUUGCGUUGAAGACCGUCGUGCCAAGGAGCCUAAGACAUGUGGAGGGCUGAUGGGGGCUGCGUUCAAGGCUGACGGGAGACGCGUCGGCCGAGUCUUCCCGCGAUUUGGGAGCCUCGAACUGUUUGUAACUGUCCUGUCGUCUCUCAGCGUCGAACGGAGCGCAGCGCAGGCAGAGAGAAGAUGGAGGAGGGAGGAGGGACAAGGGAGGAGGGAGGCGGCGACGGGCGAGAAGCGGCAGACGAGGAGAACGAGGAGCAGACACGCCCGAGGAGUCGAGGGCAGCGCGGCCGCCCAGGGAGGCGGGCUCCACUCCGCCCCCGGCUCGCGCCGCGGGCCCUCCGCGGCUGCCGAGGGUGCGCUCAGCCCCCGCGGGCGCCGCCGCCGACCCGCUCGCGGGCCUGCCGGCGCGCAGAGCGACCCCGCGGCGCGCCUGCGACCGCCAGCCCCAGGCCUGGCAGCACGUACGGCCCGCCGCUGAGCCAGCCCACGCGGCCGGCGGCCUCGGGGGGCAGCGCCUCGGCGCGCGCGCCCGCGGCCAGCGAAGCCGCGCCAGCGCGACCAGCAGGAGCAGCAGGGCCAGGCGCCAGACGCCGGCCCGGCGCGGCCCGCCUCUUGCAGAGGGGGGGGGAGAGCACCAGCCUCGAGCUCGACACGCUCGAGGCUGCUUAUUCUUCCCUUGUGGGAUAGGGAUA